AUGUGUAUACCGUUCAGUUUCAAGAACAUUGAUGCAGCAGCAGGCAAUUUAAAAUCAGCCGACUCUUGUCUGGCGCAGAAAUCUUAUCGAAUAGAUCUUAAACCGGUCAUUGUUUCCCGUAAAGAGGAAUGCCUUGCUGAAAGAUCAAUGGAUAUCGAGAAAAUAGUCGCCAAUUUAUUAGAGUCAUCUCAAGCCGAGGACGAUGAGAUCGAAGAUGAUGAAGGGAAUGAAGAGUUCACCGAAAUACCAGUGUUAAUGGAAAAGGAUACAGAGCAAAAAAAUUGUCCAUCUAAGGAAUUGCUAAAUGAGGCCCACUCGGACAUCGAUGCCGAAGUCCAAAAACCCUUUCCUGGAUUCUCUGCAGGAGUCCACGUCCGUGUGUGUAACACCAUUGAUGCUGGCGACCAAUUGCCAGUGGACAUUGAAGAUUUGUCUGGAUUCAAAAGUCAAGUUGCCUACUUUCCUGGUGCUAUUAUCGAUAUCGUCUAG